AGAGACGAUCCAUGGAUGUCCUAUGUGAACAAUUACCCCUUCCAUGAGACCUCACUAGGCCCCGUAUCCAGUUGGCAUCCACACUUGCGCCGCGCCGUCCAAAGGAUGAUGAUUUGUCCUGAAUCCCGCAUUCUAUAUUGGGGUGAUGAACAUGCAUUGGUGUACAACGAAGCCGCCGUACCCAUAUUAGGAAAAAAGCACCCUUGUCUUGGUAUCCCGUUAGCCAAGGCAUUGGGAAGAGUCAUUUUCGACCGAAUUGACACGUCCAUCCGAGCUGUUGUUGCAUCUGGAAAGGCGCAACAAGUGAGGAACGAGAUGGUCGAGCUAGACAGAAACGAUUUUCCAGAGCAAACCUGGUACCGCUACUACCAACUACCAAUUGUCGAACCGGAUGGUCGCUAUCUCGGAUGUGUCUGCGAAUUUACUGAAACCACUACCGCUAUUGUGCAAGAGAAUCGAGCAGCCACUGUCGAUACAUUUACCAGAAAUGCUGCAAAUGCAACUAAUCUGAAGCAGCUUUGGCCUAUCUCUCUGAAUGCACUCAGCAAGACCUCAAUUGAUAUCAUUGCUGGUUCUGUAUUCUCUGUCACUAACGCCGGAGACUCAACAACAUCUCAAUCAUCAUCAACCCCCGAAGACUAUGUACUGGAGACUUCGUUCGGUGUUGCAAAUACACAAUCCAAGCUGUCUUCUACUAUACUCGAGUCGCUCAAUAGGACGUCUGACUACGAAAAGCUAAUUGUCUUAAGACAAGACGAUGGUUCGCUUCCUCCUGACCUUCAAUGGAGCACUUCGGACCAGGGCAACAUCAGGGAAAUCUGCAUCUUGCCUAUCACAGAUCUAAACAACCGCAGACUUGCGGUCGCUGUCUUUGGCAUGAACCCUGGCAGACCCUUUGACAAAGAAAGCAGGUCGUUUGUCUCAAAGAUAGGCGACCUCAUCCGGGAAAGCGCCAUCUUCGUCACUCUCCCCGAAGAACAGAGAAAGACCGCAUCUAUCACCUCAGCAUUGUCUGACAAGCUACAAAUUGCUCUUCUUGAGGCUGAAAUGAAACAAGACUCAUACGCUCGCAUGGCAAGACAGGCUCCGAUAGGCAUGUACCUUCUGAGACCGGAUGGAUAUCCUGUCUUUGUCAACGACGCAUAUCUAGAUCUUCAUGGUGUAUCCCGAGCACAAUUCUACAGGAGCGCGAAUAGCGAUCUCGGCUGGAACCCGACAGUACACGAGCCAGAUUUAGGGCGGGUAGAAAAGAUGUGGUUGGACACAAUCAAUGGGACAGCGCCUGUUCAGGAGGAAGUCCGUCUUAAAGCACCGGGCAGGGGAUUCCCAGACGAUAUUCGGUGGGUGGAAUCGAUGAGCUUCGCGGAACGCGACAAGACCGGAGCCAUCAUGAAUGUGCAAGGCUGGCUCCUCGAUGUCAGCCCACGAAAGUUGAAUGAACGUCUCGUUGGCGAAAAACUCCAGGACGCCCUUGAGAACAAGCGCGCGACAGAAACAUUCUUGGACAUGUUAUCACACGAGAUGCGAAAUCCCUUGUCGUCGAUCCUCCAGUUGGCAGAUGGCAUUAUGUCAUUGUUGGAGACUCCACCUGCGCCUGAUACUGUUGAGUCUUUGAAAGACUCUGCUCAGACUAUCACUCUCUGUGCCAGACACAUGAAAACCAUCAUAGAUGAAGUUCUCACCUUCUCAAAGCUGGACUCUAACCUUGUGGUUCUUAGCCUGGAAAGAGCACAGAUGCCUACGAUUAUCGAGACCGCAUUGAAGAUGUUUGAGGCAGAGAUUGAGCACGCCAAUAUUGUAGCGAACAUGGAGAUUGAUCAGAGCUAUGUCAAUCUGGGUGUAGACUUUGUCCUCGCUGAUCCUAGUCGCCUACUCCAAGUGAUCAUCAAUUUCCUUUCCAAUUCUAUCAAAUUCACGAAGUUUGAAAGAGAACGAAGGAUUACCAUCAAACUUGCUGCUUCUGUCACGAAGCCUACGACGAAGGAUUUUGGCAUUGCUUUCUUGGACCCACGGAAGGAACUUGCUAAGGACCCUUCCAUAGCCACUACACCUACAACGUCUGGGCCAGACAAUAAGCUUGGAGAUGAGGUAUACAUUUACAUUGGUGUUGAGGAUACCGGACGAGGCCUCACAGAGGACGAAUGUAAAGUCCUGUUCCAGCGAUUUGCACAAGCGUCUCCCAAAACUUACAAAACAUACGGUGGAAGCGGGCUGGGUUUGUUCAUCAGUCGAGCUAUCUCCGAACUUCAUGGAGGACAGAUUGGCGUGAAGAGCACAGCGGGAGUCGGUUCGACAUUCGGCUUUUUUGUCAAAACAAGACGAGCAGAACCACCGCCGCCUGCGUCUAGGGGUUCAGUAGCUUCCACAGAAGCGCUGACUGAUGUCCGUAACUUGCCCCGCUCAGAAGGAAAGCAAGACGUCAAGAUCAUGACGAUGUCAAAUAUGGUGGAAGAAAGCAGUCUUUCGGUGAACGACUUGCAUGUCUUGGUUUGCGAAGACAACAAGAUAAAUCAAAAGGUGAUUGCCCAACAGCUUAGACGCUCUGGUGUAAAAGCCGUCCAUGUAGCAGACGACGGUCUCGCCGCCUUGGAUUUCCUCGCCACCACUACCUUCUCGUCUACCUCAUCCUCUUCACCUUCCGCCGUUCCGCUCUCUAUCAUCCUUAUGGACGUCGAAAUGCCAGUCAUGGAUGGUUUGGGCGCUGUUCGACGUAUCCGUCAAUUGGAGUCCAAGGGCGAGAUCAAAAACCAUGUCCCUGUUGUGGCGAUUACUGCCAAUGCUAGGCCAGAGCAGGUCGCUACUGCGCUAGAAGCUGGUAUGGAUGAAGUGGUGACUAAGCCAUUCUUGGUCAGAGACUUGGUGCCUAGGAUGGUGGCAUUGGUGCAGAAGCAC